CAAAUUAUCAUUGCCCUAUAGAAAUGUUUUAAUCGGAGCCUGCGAACAUGGAGUACCUGACCGGCCUUUCGCAGAAAGAGAACGUUCGUGCGGCGUGCAAAAAGUGUGGAUUUCCGGGCCACCUCACGUAUCAGUGUCGGAACAAUCUUACGGUCGAUCCUCAAAGCCACUCCGUAGUGGCGGGACAGCAGCGACCCGGUAGUGAAUCGCCUGAGCAUAGCUAUCUCACGCCGCUGCAAGAGCUGCGGCGCGAGGAAGAAGAGCGUGAGAAACGCAAAGAAGAGAAGGCUGAACGCCGUGAACGAUCGCGACGCGCCAAGGAAGCUCGCCGGGAGCUGAAGAAGAAAAAACGUCCCAAGCAUCGUUCGCGUUCCCGAUCCGUAUCCGACAGCAGCGACGAAUCGGAUAGUGACAACAGCAGCAGCAGCAGCGACGGUGACAAGAAACGACGAAAAAAUCGUGAUAAGAAAAAACUCAAAAAGAAGCAAAAAAAGACAAAGAAAAGCAAGCGCCGCAAGCGAAAGCGACGCGGUACGGACAGUUCCGACAGUGACGAUUAGAUUCGU